AUGGAGCGGGACGAACGGCCGCCUAGCGGAGGGGGAGGCGGCGGGGGCUCGGCGGUGUUCCUGGAGCCGCCAGCCGCGCUCCCUCCGCCGCCCGCCGCGCUCCCUCCGCCGCCGCGCAACGGCUUUUGUCAGGACGAAUUGGCAGAGCUCGACUCAAGCACUAAUAAGGAAACUGACAGUUUAACACUUUGCCAAGAUCACACAGCAGUUAAUAUUUCAGAUGAUCGCGCUGAACAACGAACCUGUCUUAUUUGUGGCGACCGCGCCACAGGCUUACACUAUGGAAUCAUCUCCUGUGAGGGCUGCAAAGGGUUUUUCAAGCGGAGCAUUUGCAACAAGCGGGUAUACCGGUGCAGUCGUGACAAGAACUGUGUCAUGUCUCGGAAGCAGAGGAACAGGUGCCAGUACUGCCGCCUGCUCAAAUGCCUCCAGAUGGGGAUGAACCGGAAGGCAAUCAGAGAAGAUGGCAUGCCUGGAGGCCGGAAUAAGAGCAUUGGGCCAGUCCAGAUAUCAGAGGAAGAGAUCGAAAGGAUUAUGUCUGGGCAAGAAUUUGAGGAAGAGGCCAAUCAUUGGAUCAACCAUGGUGACAGCGACCACAGUUCCCCAGGGAACAGGGCUUCGGAGAGCAACCAGCCCUCACCCGGCUCCACACUCUCCUCCAGGUCUGUGGAACUAAAUGGAUUCGUGGCGUUCAGGGAUCAGUACAUGGGGAUGUCUGUGCCUCCACACUAUCAAUAUAUACCGCACCUUUUUAGCUAUUCUGCCCACUCACCACUUCUGCCCCCACAAGCUCGAAGCCUGGAUCCCCAGUCAUACAGUCUGAUUCAUCAGCUGGUGUCAGCCGAGGACCUGGAGCCACUGGGCACACCCAUGUUGAUUGAGGACGGAUAUGCUGUGACUCAAGCAGAGCUAUUUGCCCUGCUUUGCCGCCUGGCUGACGAGCUGCUUUUCAGGCAGAUUGCCUGGAUCAAGAAACUGCCUUUCUUCUGCGAGCUCUCAAUCAAGGAUUACACGUGCCUCCUGAGCUCUACGUGGCAGGAAUUAAUCCUGCUCUCCUCCCUCACUGUUUACAGCAAGCAGAUCUUCGGGGAGCUGGCUGAUGUCACUGCUAAGUACUCACCCUCAGAUGAAGAACUACACAGAUUUAGUGAUGAAGGGAUGGAGGUGAUUGAGCGGCUCAUCUACCUGUAUCACAAGUUUCAUCAGCUAAAAGUGAGCAAUGAGGAGUAUGCUUGCAUGAAAGCAAUUAACUUCCUAAAUCAAGAUAUCAGGGGUCUGACCAGUGCCUCGCAGCUGGAACAGUUGAACAAACGAUAUUGGUACAUUUGCCAGGAUUUCACUGAAUAUAAAUAUAUACAUCAGCCGAACCGUUUUCCUGACCUCAUGAUGUGCUUACCUGAGAUUCGCUAUAUUGCAGGAAAGAUGGUGAAUGUUCCCCUGGAGCAGCUGCCCCUCCUCUUUAAGGUGGUGCUGCAUUCCUGCAAGACAAGUGUGGGCAAGGAGUGA